CAGCAUCAUCGGUCAGGUGUGUCACUCACUCGAACCGCAACCAGCCAGGUAUAUAAACCUCGACAUACCACACCCCCAUUCCGUCUUGCUACUCUUGCCCUCUUUCUCUCUCUACAAACAAAACUCACACGACUCUUAAAGCACACAUCACAAACAACUACCCCACCAUGUCUUACGAUAACAACAACAACAACUUGAACACUGGUGUCGGUUCUACCGGCGAGAGGAAGGCCUUUGACCCUUCGAACGCUUUCAGCAGUGGUGGAUUGAACAACUCCACUGGCCGAGAGCCCUUCGAGGACCCCCGAUCCGACUUCGCCGCUCCUGGUGCCCCUGCCCAGGCCGUCGCUGGUAACCUUCACUACGGCCAGUCCACCAGCGUUACCGGCGGAUCUGGUCUCCAGAACAUCGGCUCGACCGGCCUCGGACACGAGGGCCACCACCACCACACCACCGGUACCAACCUCGGUUCGACCGGUUCAGGUCUCGGAGGCAACCACCACAACGCUGGCACUGGUUACGACGAGAACGACUCGCGACGAAACACCGGGGACCACCCCUUGGUACACGACACCCGUCACCACGGAGACAUCCGAUCCGGUACCGCUGAUGACCACCUCGUUGGUCAGGGCCGAAACACCGGCAUGGGUCUCGAUGGAUCGCACUUGACUGGUAGCCAGACCGGAGACGCCCCCGGCGGUAUCCAAACCGGCUCUGGAUCGUUCGGUACCGGCCGAGACGUUGCCCAGGACGACCGAAAGAUGACCGACAAGGUCAAGGACGCCGUCACUGGAAACAAGGACCACGCUCACGAUCACACUGUCGGCAAGGGUGCUAGCGUUGAGGGAGGCAUCACCGGAGGUCACCCCGGCGCUGGUAUCACUGGAGGUUCCGACUCUACCACCUACGGUUCCAACACCGCGGCCCGAGACUUUGACCAGAGGACUGGUUCCGCCGGCAACAUGGGCGUCGGUAACUACCAGGGAUCCAACGAGCACGGAGUUGUUUCCGGUGGAGCUGCCGGUACCGACAGGUUCGACGCUCCUCGACGAGACAACGAGCACAUCACCCACACCGACAGGCUCACUGGUACCGGUGCUGACCACGGUCACACCGUUGGCAACAAGGGGUCUGACGACCACAAGUUGUCCGGCGUGACCCGACACGGCGACGACUUCACCAAGGGUGACACUGCCGACUCGGCUUACAAGAACUACGACGCUACCGGUCUUACCGGCCGAGAGAACACCACCACCGGUGUCCACGACAACAACUUGGAGGGAACCGGUGCCCACAAGGAGGGUCUCAUGGACAAGGUCAAGAACCUCAUCGGUGGACACACCAACACCACCCACGCCGACCACAAGUAGAGUGCGAACACGCCUCUUAUUACGAGUAGUCCGCUGCAUGUAGCUCCCCGACGUGUCGUGUCCCCCUUAAUUAGUCUAUCAGAAACGAAAUUUGUCGAAUCCGCAACAACCGCAAUGUAUCAAACAUGAGAUACCAAUAGUCGUUUUCCCCAUUACACCCUGGUUUCUGUGCAAACCACAAUCCGUCUUUCUGUGUUGCUUCAUUAUUUGUGGGGUCUGCCUUGUCUGCGAUAAUAAGUUACGAC